AUGCCCAUUCCCUCUGCAAGUACCUCAUCUUCUACAACCCCCACUUCCACAUUUACAGAACCACAUCAGAUACCUUCAGCUGCCAAACCCUCCUCCUCAACCACCCCAGGCUGUUCACAAUGCAGUGCUGAUGCAGCCGGAUGCCAGCAUAAACCGGGAUUAGCUUUUCCCACCGCUACCACUAUUGACGAAAAGCGUGCAAAGUGCGAUCGUCAUUCGACAAGUCGAUCCCAAGCCAGUCCUAGCAGCAUGUUGUUGACGAGCCGGAAAGAAGGCGAUGUGUGGGUCGAUAUUUCUAAUGAACGGCUACCGAAUUCUCGGCUCGGCUCACUUUACCCUGGAUCAUGCUUCAAAGGGAUGCAGCAUUGUGGAACAACAAGCUAUGAAGUCUCUGUGGAUAUCCAACAUGUGGAUUUGAAAGAAAGCACGCUAUGUGGCUAUCUCAAUAUCACCGGCUUAACAUCCGAUUAUCCCGAGUUGACUACUUUCUUUCAAGCUGAAAUCAUUGGUCCAAAAUACUCUUUUCUCACACGCAAAUGGCAGGCUGACAAGAAUAUUGAUGCAUCCCAUUGGAAAAGAUUCCCAUCGUUUGAGAAAUACGCAGAGAACUUUAAUGACGAUGGAUUCAGCUACGACCCUUAUGAUGAAGACUUUGUCUAUAUGCGUUGGAAGGAGCACUUUCUUGUACCGGAUCAUCGCGUAAACAACAUUGAUGGCGCUAGUUUUGCUGGUUUCUACUAUAUCUGCUAUCAACGAUCCACUGACGAGAUCAAAGGAUACUACUUUUUCCGCCAGCAUAGAGAAUGGUAUCAGGAGCUCUCUCUCAAACAUGUGGACGAUCGUACAUUUGGAAACUUUGAAAUGCGAUGA